CCGUAAUGUUUAAGCUUAUCGAUCUGAUCGCUUAGUUGAAAUCGCUCUAAUUUGCCCAUGAAGACAUCUGCUAGGAGAGGUCCAAGGGGUGAGCCCAUAGCAGCGCCGUCAACUUGUCUAAAGAGUUGGUUGUCGAACAGGAACAGCACAUUUAAUGUGCAUCAUAAUAAUAGUUCCUUGAGUGUCUUCGUCGGAAUUCCUAGUUCUUGCUGACUGGCAGAGAGAAAAGCACAGAUGUAAUCAACUGUCUCGGUGACCGGAACGUUGUAGAAAGUGAUGAGACGUCUUGCGAGAACAUUACCAUGCCGUUGACGUUAAGGUAUUUGAUGUGGUCAAUGAAUUCAAAGGUAUCUCGGUAGCUACGUGGUGCUAGCUGACGCUGUACGGGAUUGCGUUUCUCAGCUAGCUACUUUGCUAUCGCAUGAUACGGAGAGUUUCGCAUGUCUAAAAUCGGACGGACUGGCAGGCCUUCCUUAUGGAUCUUAGGUAGACCAUAUAGUCGAUGGAUAUGUGUCCCAACUGGUCGGAGGUGUUCGAGGUCAAGGUAGCUUAUGUGACCCCCUGUAUGGAGCCUUCUUAGACAGUCAGUCAGUUUCAUCUCUACUUCUUCCGUGCAAUCCUUUUUUUGUCUGCCUUCCGGAAUUUCUUCUGGUCUGAUAAUAUGGACUGUAUCUUCGCCACGUAAUCCGAUCUGUUCAUUUUAACGGCGCCUGUUCCUUUGUCUGGUCUAGUUAGCAAGAUAUCUUUAAAUGUACAUGAACAUGUAAAUGAACAUGAACUGCCCAAAACUGGGAAAUUUAUGGGGAGCUAGAAACAAAUGCUUAUUAAUUCAUCUGACGCAACUGUAAACAACUCGGCGGUCUCGGUGGGAUUCUGACCCCACAAUUGCAAGGCCAAGGCUUAAGUGCAGCCAACGCUCAGGUGGUACUUAAGCUUCGCCAUUCCUGACUGGGUUUGAAUCUCGCCAAGUCUGCUGAGCUUUUCACAACUGGGACAGGGGCAUUAUUCAGAGCUGCAAAAAACACCUAUUAAGAAUUAGUUGAUUUUUUUCAAAAACCAGCGCAGUCACCUCUUUAUACUACAAAACUUAAAUUUUCCACCGGAAAUAAUAAGUGUAUUAUAUUUACCCCACGUCCCCGCAAAUAUUUUCUCUGAGACAAUGCUACUCAAAUGAACCAAGUACUGUUUUAAUAGUGAAUAUUUUUAUUGUUCGUGUACAGUUAUUUCUAACGAGCUGACAUGUAAUGAAUAGGGUUUUCAAAGGCAUUGCCUAUUAUCCUUAGCAAAUAAACUGAAAUAAACUUAAAUCUUCCUCAAGGAUACAAUGAAGUUAACUAAACUUCACAAACAAGCGGAAUAAAUACACGUAAAGCAAGUGGUAAACUUCUUAAAAUAUAAAUAAUGUAGGUCUUUUGAAGAAUGCUCACUUAAGUGCCAGGAGACCACUCAUUUAGAAUUAGCCUUGGUUGUAUUUCCUGCCAAUCCGUCCAGCCAUCUCACCUCUACAGCCAGUCCGAUCUGGCAGCUCAUUAAAAAUGUCAGUCGAUGGCUAAUGAGCUUCAUCGGACAUCGCGGAUAGGGAAACUGGGCGCCCUUGCGGACAUUUACUUAAAUCCUCUCAGUACGACUUAGUAAACUGUGACGGUGCGCUCUGUCUAUGGAUUGAGCAAAGGAAAAGUGAGCUUGCGCUGUUAAGUGGGCCGUCCUGUCAACUAGAAUUGCCUCUUUCUUUUAACCAAUUGAUAGAAAACAGCCCCAGACCCCUUGCCGAAUGCAUCACUGAAAGCCCGGAAAUAUAAGAACAAAUGGAAGAGAAUAUGCGCAUCCCAGGUUCUUGUUUAAAAGAAGGCAAAGGCACGAUCACUGGGACAGUAGGUUUAUUUGCCGUCGCAAAGUACAAACGGCGUCACCACGCCGGGGGAACAUCGUGGACCAGGCGGCACAAACCCUACCUAGUCACGGACGUACUCCCCCUUUCCCCCCCCCCGCAAGGACGAAGGAUAUAAAUGUUCACAAUUUGCUGCACUCGAGUAGUCUCUGAUGAUGAACUCUAGUUCGAGCUCGAAAGCUCAGGCAAAUAAACCGACUGUCCCAGUGAUCGUGCCUUUGCCUUCUUUUAAAUAAGAACAAAUGUUUCCUAACUUGGUUUGUUCAUUCAGAACGCUGUCAGUUGGAGGAGGAGCUCAAGGAAGUGGAGGCCAAGUCUGCAGCCGCAGAGGCAGAACUGCGUGAGGGUAGGUCUCAGCUGCCAUGUCCUCCUGUAAACCUCCUUACUUUAGCGGAAAAACUUGUUGCUGAUGCGCGCUCAGAGGCGGUUUUGUUGCGCGAGAAGAAACAGCUUCUGUUAAAUAAACUUUCAACCGUAAACGCCAUGAAUGACAGGUGAGCUCUGCUGCCCUCUCUUGCAGUUGCUUGCACUCAUUGCUUUUUGUUUUUUUUUAUCGCGACGAAGUUCGGUCCUGCAGAGCUCCACUUGAGUGAUACCACCAGGUUAGCUUUCUGAAAAAAAUUAUUAGAUGCGAAUACGCUGACUUUACAAAUAUCACGUACAGUAGGUGGGCUAACUCAUGAAACGUCAGCCGAAAUUGUGAAAUGCGUUUUCGUUUCGAAAAGAUUAAUUAAGUAGAGUUGGAGAACUAAUCCUCAUUCUGUGAUAAUUCAGUUACCCUAAGAUGCCGGCUUCCGAAAGAAAUUCUUUUCGGCAGCAUGCAAAAGCUAUACUCCUUAAAUAAUGACUACUUAAGUAGCAUGCAUUUUCCCAUUGAUUUUCAACGCCCCUAAAAGUCUAAUUAUAUUUCAUGGAGAACAUGCAUAAAAAUAUUUAAUCUUUUGCUCAUUUGGUAAACAAUUACGUCUUCUAAUUCCGGUUUUGAAAAGUUUCUAAUAGUGGAACUUUCAAAUGCCGUGAAAUGACCAUUCAUAAAUCGUCAUGACUCUGCAUUUACCAAUGCGGCUCGUAAAGUUAACAACAUGGCUCAAAGUCACUGCUGAAUUUUAUGACCCCGCAUAGUGUCUACUUAAUACCAUGGAGAAACGUAUGGUUUUACGUACGCGGAAAAUAUAUGGUUUAUAGUUUGUAAACCCUGAAUGCGAGUGUAACGGCAGGUCGGGUUCAAAAUUAUUCGGGAAUUUGAAAAGUUUUUGAAAACCGAAUUAUAUUUUUCCUUUGAGUAAAAAAUGGGAGGAAGACGUAAUUUUCUAUCGAAUGAGUAAAAGAAUGAAUAUUAUUAUUUAUGAUAGUGGGCGUUCACCGAUCAGGUUACGGAACAUGCCGAUCACAACCGACAGGACAACGGGCCCGUGGCUCAAUGGUAGAGCGUCAAACUCCAUGACCAAAGAUCCCGGGUUCGA